UACGAAUCACGGCUCAGUACAAUAUUCAACAUUUCGGUGAACGGUUCUUCCAUGCGUAGUUAUUCGUGUUAAAAAGAAUUCCGAGUCUAGUUGUGGUCGUGUUUUUUUUACUCUUUUUGGAAAUGAAGGAAUUCUUUCCUGGCAAUAUUAAAUAAUGAUAAAAUGAUUUGUCAGCAGUCUAAAGUAAAAAAUCAACUUAGAAGUUAAUGAUAAUUUAAGAAGUCAAAAAACAUUAGAAAAAUGAAUACAAACGGAACACAAACACGGAGUAAUGGUACAACAGAUGGAACAUUCGUCGAGAUGGAUGAAAUGCAGAAAAAAGAGGAAGCAGACCCUAAUGGAGCGAUAAUCCACGAGAAGUUGGAUUAUGAGCCAAGUGGUUGGUUCGAGCUGACGCUGUCCAAGGCCGGUAGCUCCACCGAGGACUUCCUCAAGAAGAACAGCUCCGCAAUGAAGACUAUAGCCAUAUUUGUGCUAAACGGUCUCGUUGUUGGCUUCUUUUUCGGAUGUCUAUAUUACUGGAUGAACCAUAGCAACAAGCCUUUAGAACUUUGCCAUGGAUUUGGAAGUCUAAUAGCCUUCCUUAGUAUAGUAUACUUCUUCGUGAUUUACUUCCUUGUUGUGAAGAGGUACUUCGGAGAGUGGUUUGAAAAGGUGGUCUGGACGCGAGUGGAGACGAUAUCAUAUUGUCUUUGGAAAAUGAUAUGGUUCCGCUGGUGUUUCUGUGUGUGCGUGCUGGCCGCGGUCGCCGUCUUCUUGUACCUCGACACCAGAGACGCGCCUGAAAGACUGAUCUCACUUCUUGGUCUCAUUGUUCUUUUAUUAUUAGUGAAUUUAACAGUGUGUUUUCAAACUGUUAAGUUGUCGAAGUAUCAAUUCUCAUCGUCACAUUCUUUUCUCUAUACACUAAUUAACUGUUUCUCGCUGCAGUCUGAAUCAGCGUUGAUUAUCAAGCCAUAUCUUGCACUGCUUACACCAUCCGAGAUACACGUCGUGAUGUCGUCUGGCUUCGCAACGGUAUCUGGCACGAUCCUGGCGGCGUACAUCGCGUUCGGCGCGGAGCCGGCGCACCUGGUGACGGCCAGCGUGAUGUCGGCGCCCGCCGCGCUCUGCUACGCCAAGCUGCUGCUGCCGGAGACGCGCCGCUCGCGCACCGCCGUGCACAACCUGCAGCCGGUGCACAUGAUCAUGAUCGGUGCCAUCUCCGCCAUGGCGCCCGCGCAGCGAGAGACACUCUCCAGCGUGGCAGUGCGAGCAUUUUUCACUGGAUGCGGUAUUUGCUUUAUGACGGCUUGCAUAGCGGGUCUUCUAAUGCCGGAAGGUUCAUUCGGAUAAAAUAAAUGACUGUACUUAAUUAUUUUACUAGUUUAAUAAUUGUAUUGUGAAUAUUUUUAAUUUAUAUAAAUAA